AUGGCGUCCGACGGAAAGCCACGGAUUCACUCUGAGGAAAUGACCUUGGCUGAAAAGUUUCCGGCCAUUCCUGCGACUCACCACGGCGACAUCAUCUGCCAGGUUGAUUCUGAACCACUUCUCCCUCUGUAUUCAAGCACGACCUCAGAGCCCGAAUCUCAGAUCGACACCAAGAAGCACGACAACAACCUCCAUCUUCACGAAAUCACCAUGACUCGCACUCCAGUUGUGCAACGUCCAGUCGACGCUGCUGCGAAGCGUGACGACGACCUCGUCCCGGCUGGCAACCCUCAGCAACCACCGAUGCUCACUCGAGUGACCUGGGCAGUGAUGGAGGCCUGGGAAAACCGCAGCCUCAACUUCCCCAAAUUCAUGUACCACGUCGUCUCCUCGCUCUGGUUGUGCUUCGUCCUGUACCUGGCUUACUGCUUGUUGCCGAUCCAUGGCCACUGGUCACUGGCAGGGCAGUCGGACAAAGCGCCUCACCAGGCUUCGGAUCUGAACAACCACUUCAACGACUUCCAAGGCUACUCCGAGUGCAAUAUCCGCAUGGCAGAUCUCUACGCGCCUCUCGGUCAUGAAGCCUCCAAAGUCUCACACAACGGUUACUGCGCCCGCCGCAAGGACCUUCUUGAAGCCAUGUCAAGUGGAGGCCGAGUCGGGUUUGACGCACCUUACUUUCCCAGAGGCUGCCACUACCGCUGGUACUCGGUCGAAGAGAUCUGCAUGAUCCUCGAACGCUUCUCUGCCGUCAUCUUCGUCGGCGACGACAGCCUGCAGGCCAUCUACAUGGGGCUGAACAUCCUCCUGCGUCGCGAUCUGGGGCAUGGCGCCGUCAAGACGUGGGAAAUGGACACGCACACCCGCAGCCAAUGCAGCUGCGACAACCAAUUCAUGUCGACGACCUGCGCGGCUCACCUCGUCACGUUCAGCGAUGACCUCAGCACCGCCGGCCACAAAGGAGGCAAGAUCGAGACCGGAACGGCCUACCUCUGCGCGCGCACUCCGCAUGCCUUCCUCCACGUGACCUCCUCCCCGGCGCCCGCAUCGACGAUCGACAAGUUCAAGGCCCUCGCGCCCCGCGAGAAGAAGGCAGAUUACCAUCCUAUUCCCGUGAUCCACGCCCUUUCGCCAUCGACCGUCAACGCGGAAACCGCCGUGUCCAGCCUGCAAGAGUUUCUCAGCUUGGCAGACCAGUCCCACCGCAAGACGCCCAUGCUGUGGCUCGGCCCGCCCGCCAGCGGCCACACCGAGAUCCGGGGCCGCAAGGGCAACCAGGAGAUCUGGGACUUUGACCGCCAGCUCCGCCGAGUCGCCGAGGACAGCGACGUCGAGGUGCUGGGUAUGUGGAACGCGACCGUCCAGGCGAAUUCGUGGGACGGCGUGCGGUUCGGCGAGAGAGUGGCGCUGACGCAGGCCAUGAUGGUCGUGAACUGGCUGGCUAGAUUGGAGAGCAGUUGA